UGAGCCCAGGCCGCCCUCAACGUCCCGUGCGGCGGCCCGUGGCUGCCGCGCUGCCAUGGCUGGGCCGGGCCCGGGCCCCGGGGACCCAGACGAGCAGUAUGAUUUUCUGUUCAAGCUGGUGCUGGUGGGCGACGCGAGCGUGGGCAAGACGUGCGUGGUGCAGCGCUUCAAGACCGGCGCCUUCUCUGAGCGCCAAAGCAGCACCAUCGGCGUCGACUUCACCAUGAAGACGCUGGAGAUCCAGGGCAAGCGGGUCAAGCUGCAGAUCUGGGACACAGCCGGCCAGGAGCGAUUCCGCACCAUCACCCAGAGCUACUACCGCAGUGCCAACGGGGCCAUCCUUGCUUAUGACAUCACCAAGAGGAGCUCCUUCCUGUCAGUCCCUCACUGGAUCGAGGAUGUGAGGAAGUAUGCAGGCUCCAACAUUGUGCAGCUGCUGAUCGGGAACAAGUCAGACCUUGGCGAGCUCCGGGAGGUCCCUCUGGCUGAGGCACAGAGCCUGGCAGAGCACUAUGACAUCCUGUGUGCUAUUGAGACGUCUGCCAAGGACUCGAACAACGUGGAGGAGGCCUUCAUAAGGGUGGCCACGGAGCUGGUCAUGAGGCACGGGGGCCCUCUGCUCAGUGAGAAGAGCACCGACCACAUCCAGCUGGAUAGCAAGGACAUUGGAGAAAGCUGGGGCUGCGGGUGCUGACCGGCAUGCAGGGCUGGCAGGCAGGGGCCUCCCCACUUGCUUUCUCUCUGGCCUGCCAAGCCCAGCACUCAAAAGCUGGACCUCCAGGGUACCAGCAAUUCUAGAGCAACUGGAUAAAGUUCUAGAAUUAUCCAUCCCAUGGCCUGAAUGCUUGAUCAGAAAGCUACCCCAAGGAAGGAAGAAGCGGGAUUCCUCCUGCAGGAGGCCUGUUGGCACAGGGUAGGUUAUGGGGCCCAUCCUGUCAGUCAACGGCUAUUCCUCCACGCUCUUUACAUACCAGGGCUAGCCCAAGCCUGCCAGUGUGGACUUGCCAGUGUGGACCACAGUGGGAGAGGGGUCAGGAAUGUGCCUCCCCUGCUCCACAAGUACUAAUUCUGUCCAUUUCACACCUUGUAUCUGCUGUAGCUAUGGCAGCAGGUUGCUGCUUUCCAGGGAAGUGGCUGGUGCCCAAGGUUGUCCCAGGUCAUUCCAGGGCCUCCUUAUUUAGCUGCAGAGAGCAAGAGCAACCAACCCAACAGACUAAGACUGGUUCCUGAGCACAACCCUAGGGAUCCCUUAAAUCCAGGUGAGGAACCUCUCUUCACUGCCAGCUCUAAGCUCACAGACAGCAUUGGGCCCAGCUCACUAGCUUAGCAAGACCUCUUAAGUUUUCUGGUUUUCCACGUAGCUUUUUGUUUUCUUCUAUACAAAUGUGGGGUCAUGGCCCACAGCCAAGCGGGGAGUGUCUGCUGUCUUGGGGCCCAAAGUUUUGCCGUUCAGAUUGUAAAACCAGCUAAUUCUUCAGUACCAGCUCUCAGAAGCCUGGGGAUAGGGGGAAUGAGAUAGGAACAUGGACAUUUAAGGGAAAAGUAAAAGCCUACAUCUUUGAGGCUCAGGUCUAGGAAGUCCCUCAGUACACCCAGUAUUACCCCAUGUGCAGAAAUCUUUCCUGCCAUGUUCAGUGUCAGCUCGCUCAUUGCUCCCACUCUAGCUUAUAGUUUCCCAAACAAAAAAGGCAAGGCCAUGGAAAUCCUGGGUCUGCCCAUUUCACUCCCCUAGGCCCACCUGCCCUCAACAGCCUCAGUGUGCACUGAGUGCUGAGGUUAGAAGGCAGGUUGAGGCUGAGAUCACUGGGGGCCUUGGAAGCAGCACCAGUCUCUGUGGAGUGGCUCAGAGGAUCAUAGGGGUUGGACCAGGGUAAGCCAGUGUUCUUCCCAAGCCAAUCCCAGUCUCUCCAUUCAGCCCAGUCCAGCCCCAGAGUGGAGGCCUGGGAAAUAAAUUGUUCUCAGAGCCAUGUACUAGGUCACAUCAUGGGGAGGCAGCUCAGGGCUCAGUACCAGUCCUCAAAAUGGGCUGCAGGCCUCCCACUCAGACUCCCCUUGCCUUCCGUUCUAAGUACUUCGGUCUGCACUGCCCCCUCUCCCAGGCAGACUGGGCUGCAGAGCAAGGAGCCCAGACUUUUUGCAGCAGCCCCACAACAGUCUGGGGAGGCAGGGAUGGGCAUGGACAGCUGAGACCAAGACACACAGGGUUGGUGGCUCCCUUUCAGGCUGGGAGGCAGCCAUGAAACAGCUGAGCCUGGUUCUGGAGAGGAAGGAUGUUGGCCUGGUUGGGCCAGAAGCUGCUGAGCAGGGGUCUGCACUGAGGGAAAUCAACCCACUGUUGGCUGGGGUAGGAUGGGAGCUGGGAGCAAGACUGCCUGGUUCCCUUCCUCAGCAGCCUUGCUGAUGGGACAGUCCCAGUUGCUGGGAGGGAAAGUUGGCAUCUGCUUGACCCCUUUGUUGCAAUGCCUGCACUCCACCUGCAGAAUGGAGAGUGCCUGUCAUUGAGGAGUUUGCAAAAGGGGGUUCCAUUCAGGCCUAGGGCAAAGGUCCUCCAGCCCUAUGAUCUCUCUGCUAGGGGCUGAUAUUUGGGCAGAGCUAGUUGUUCAACCCAAGGCCCCAGCUGUAAAAUAAAUCUUAUGAAGCCCUACCUUGCAGAGACCUGCUGCUUUGGGAGGUGGAGGGACAUACAAGGAGUUUUGGAACAGAGGCUUGGGCCUGCACCCCUGUGAUUGACUUGCAGCCCCAGUUCUGGCCAGGUACCGACCCUGCUCAUAGCUACCUGCUGCCCCUCUCUACUGGGGAUGGUCCUCAGCUGUCUCAUAAGGCUUGGGAAAAGAGGGAGGCACUUUUACCCUCUUUUCACAUGGAAGCCUUGGGCUGCCAUGAGGAUCCAGGGUAGGUACAGAAACAGGUAGCUGGCUGGGGCCGGAUUCAUUUGUCACCUUGGAAUAUGAGCCAUCCCCCUUUUUCUCCCACCCUAGGGCAGGAGACCUGAAACCCUUGCAAAGGCUUGGCUUAGAAGGGGGAAGUAAUAAUUGGCCCAGCCUGGGACCAGAGGAGGUUUCUUCUCACUAGUGACCCUUUACCCAUAAACCAAGGAAACAACACUUCGCUUCCUACCCUUUCAGAAUCCCAAGAUGUCUGAAACACUGGGCGGAGUGGAUCUCCAGCCACCCCAUCCUCCAUGCAUGGGAGCAGAGGUUUAGCCUAGAAAUUGGGGGUUACCUUGGGCUUCUUACUUUCUCCCUACACCCUAAGUGUUGGGAUCCCACUUCCACAGUGUGCUGCCUAUCCUCUCACUUGGACAUCUCAUUGACCUUGGCCCCUGGGCUUCUGGCAUCCACUGCCCCAAGCCAUCUUCCUGCUGCUGUCAAAGUGACAGUUGUCAAAGGUUACUCCUGGUUGGGUCCCUCCCCGCCCCCAACAUCUUCCAAGUGUCUUAAGGCACUGGAAAUGCUGUCCACAUUCAACCCAGAUGUCCAAGGCCUUCACAGCUCUGCCCUGGCUUUUCUCCAGCACCUGUUUGUCCCCCAGGAGCAUCGGCUGUUCAGGCUGACUCCUUCCCGCCCUCCCCCAUUUACUGACUCUGCUUCUUUAUUCAUGUUAUUUAUAAUCCCACAAAUGACCCAUCUGGACACCCCCUGAGAACUGGCCCCACCCCAAGCUAGUCUUUUGCUCAUAAUAUUCUCUAGCAAGAAUGAGUUUCCCCACCCCUUGGCCUGCAAGGUUCCCCAACCCCCCACUCCCACUUUCCAGUCUGUUUCCGACAGGCGCUAAAGGAAAUGUUUCCCUGGCCCGUGUGUGGUACUGACUGCAUGCCGCGUGGGGUGACUGCUCUGCAGUGCCCCAUCAGGCCUGGGCCUCGCUGCCUCUCUGGGCCUUCGUCCUGUGUCAAAUGGGGUAAGAGAAAAUGGGGAAGUGGGAAGUUAUGUGAGACAGGAAACAAGACUUGCCUCUCCUCUCUCAGCCCAGGGCCUCUGGGGCAGGAGAAGUUUAUUUUCUUUGUUUAUAAAUUACCUAAAAACAGGCAGGAGCUGGUGGGGCCGGGGACCAGGGUAUGGAAGGAGAGGGAGGAGAAGGGGAGCCAGGAAGUGUCUCGGCAGCCUAGGCCUGAAGGAGGGCAGUCUGUGGUGUGUGGGGGGCUGGUGUGAAAUGGGCAGAAUAAGAGGGAAGUUGGUGUUUUAUACUCACGAAAGGAUGAGUAGAGUGGGCAGGGGAUACAAAUCCUGACUCCUAAGGCAGGGAGGUAGGUCCCUGUCCUCCCAGAAGGGGGAUUUUGAUCCCAAAGACACAGGCCCCAGCAGACUUGGAGCUGGAGGAAGCUCCUAAUUCAUAUUGAAUUCAGUUACUUUCUUCUCCAGGAAGGCUGCAGCCCCAGGGACCCUCUGAGUUCUGCCCACCUGGACUGUUGGGGGCGGGAAGGACCUCAGCCAACCCCAGGAUGUCAUUUGCAUUUGGGAAUUUUUCAUGUUAUCUAUUUAUGAAUAUAUAUAUCUUUAUAUCAAAUCUAUUUUUUAAAACGUGGAAAAGUUGCCUUUAUGGAAACAGCAGAGCCAGACUGUACACAUUCCUAAACCAUUAAACAGUUUCCUCUAAUGAGUUAACAGCA